UCCUUCCGUUUUAAUAUCAAUGUCAACAUUUAAUACUAGAUAACUAUGUUUAACAGCAAAGUUUUAGUAGAAGGAAGAUGUCAAUGUUCUUUACAGUUUGAUUUGGUUUAAUUUAUGCCUAUUAAUUGUAAUAAAUGUUAUUAUAACAUUUCUUUAAUAAAAUUAAUUAUUUAUUUUUUAAAUAUUUAAUUUAAAAUAUUGUUCAUUUAUUUAUGGGAUUGAUCAUUCAGUAAAAAAUAAAGUUUUGGAACUAAAAUGGUAGAAGAAACAGUUAAUUCUACAAAUAAGCCAAAAGUUAAAACUGCUCGGCCUAGACCAGUGUAUUUAUGGAAUGUAUUAGAUGUUCAGAAAUGGUUACGGAGACAUUGCAGUGACUAUUAUCAGUUAUAUCAUGAAAAAUUUCUUUAUCAUGAUAUUACAGGAAGAGUACUUUUGAGGAUAAAUGAAAAUAUUUUACUGAGGCUUGGAAUUGAUAACGAGCAACAUAGAAUGGAUAUAUGGAGAGAGAUUAUGAAGCUGCAUCUUAAGACUGACAUGUUAGAAAUAAGAGACAUAGAACGUCGUAACAAUGUGAAUUUUGACUAAAAUAGGUAUUUCUAUUUAAAUUUUAUGAUCUUAUGAAAUUAUCGUACGUUGAAUUUUUAAUAGGUGUUUAUUAAUGAUAUAGUUUUUAAAUUUUGAAUAGGAGGUGUCGUUAUAUAUAUAUGCAUAUAAGUAUAAAAUAACUUAGCAUCGUUUGGUUGAGUUUUUAGAUGGGAUUUUUUUCAAAUCUUUCUUAAUUUUAUUAGUUUUAUAUUUUCUGUACACAUUUAUUGACUAGAGAUAUUUUUGAAAUAUUUUAGUAGUGUAUCAUUUAUUUAAUUUAUUUUUAUGCUUACAUUCUAUCCACUUAUUACAAGUACGAGUACAAGUAUAAUCUGAUUCUCAUUGAUAAUCUCAAUAUCACAUAGAAAUUGAUUUACAUUUUUGAAAUCAUUUGUUAAAAUCAAUAUUACCCUGUUUUCUUAUCAUUUUUACAUCGAGAUAAUGCGUUUUGAAAAAUGAUAAUUAAAAAUAUUUUAAUUGUAACGUAACUUAUGUCGCGAUAUCCUUGAUUAUAUACCUUGCAUCAUUUUAUAGAAAAUAUUUGUGGUUCAGUUUAGAUUAGAAAAAGUUAUUUAAUAUAUAUAAAAUAUUAGCGAAUUUAUCUUACAGAUGACGUAUAUUUUAAAAUUUUAAAUAAAACUUGUAAAGUUGAACUUGUAAAGUAAAAAAUAGUUUUACUUCCGCCUGGAAUAAUGAAAAGGAAUGCUUUGUUGAAUCAUUUUUUUUUUUUAAAUUUCUGUGACAAAGAAAAUAAUUUCAACUUCGAACAUAAUUAUUUGACGAAGUUUAUUGUAGAUCCGUUCUAAUCAGCUUUAUGAUAAUAUACCGAACGGAAUUGAUCAUUUAUUGUUCAUCGUAUUUAUAUUUGUCUUAUAUCAAAGACACAGUUCUACUUCGAUACUUUUUGUAUGUUGUAUCUGUCGUUGUUGUAUCAUGUUUUUGUAUGUUUGUGUUUGCCUAAAGAAAAUACUAGAGUUGAGUUACAUUGCUUGGUGAUCUUUGAUCAGGAUAUUGAUUUCUUUGUCCAUUGCGAGUCCAACGUGCUGAUGUAUUUUUUUGUCGAGAAAUAGAUUCAUUGUUGUCAUUGAUA